AUGUGUCCCUUCAGUUCACACUAUGACGCGCAGGUGUGCACCUGGUUCUUCAUCGGACCGCCGCAGCCAAGUGAUUCCGACCGUCCGCGGAGGACGCGUCGCCGCCUGCCGCUCGCCCUCAUCCCGACGCGAGAAGAGGGAUCGAUCACCAAUGGUCCACAUCGUAGUUACGUAGGCAAUCAUGAACCCCCACUGGGCUUCGGCAAACCUCUGAGGAGGUCAUCCGAGGAGGACGGUUCCAGAGUGUCGGGCCAAGCAACAGAUCCUUCUGCGGACAAGCCCAUGGUCGAAAAACCUUCCACGUUUGCGAACGGUCUCCAGCAAAUAGUCCUACCUUACGGUUGUGAAACGUUUCCACAAAUCUCUUGGAGAACCACUCCUCCAGUGAGGCAGCGCCCCACCCCUACUCAGCAUGUGCCAGAUAGAUUUCGUUCGCCAGUGGUCUACCAGGCUUCUGCAGGAACGAUAGGGUGCGACGUUCCCUCUGAGCACAGAGAAAAAGAUCGAGAAAUCAAGGGGCUACUCUCUAGGAAGCGGGAGAAGAGGGAAGGGAUUAGAGAGAAGAACCACAAUGGAGAUUCUAUCAGUGAUGUACGAAGCCCCUCGUCGUCUAAGCGGUAUACGACUGGCCGGGACGCAGGAGGAGUGCGCUGGAUUAAUGGAGGACCAGGAAGGGGGCGGGUAGUUUCCAAGUUC